AUACAUCAUCUAGUUUACCUUAUGCUUACCAUUCUUAGAUUGUAUUUACGCUAUUUCAUUAGUAUCUCAACAUUGGCCCAGUCUAUAUACAUCUACAUUUUUUUAUAUGUUAUCCGUAUUUAUGAGUUAAUAUUUCAGUCUCCUAUACGUCCCAUACGUUUAUCUUUCCAGCAUCUAUAUAGGACGCAUGCGCGGGGUGGAUCGCAUCAUAUCCAAGCCUCGCUUUGGGGUUUAUCUAUCUAUCCACUCAUGCGCCGUCUGAAGCGCAUUGCGUUCCAUUGAUUCCGGACAUGCGCAGAUACAUAUUUCUUGCCACUUCCGCUUCCGGUCCCGCGGCUUUUUAACCAGACUCGCGGCGUCCAAUGUGGCCGCCGCACACUGAGUCCACACAUGGGACACCGGGGAUUGGGUGAGUGCACUGUGGCUGUAUUGCCUUGCUUAUGUGACCUCCACUUUUGGUAACUACAUACCCCUUAUAUUGUAUUAUUUCAUUGUAGGAGUUAUCGCCUCCUCUGGAGCCUCCACAUUAGGGAGGUGAUUCCAGUUCCUUCCAUUACCUUAUUUCAUCUUAUAUCCUGGACUGCCUGAUACUCUAAACAUCUUUUAUUAGGGUAGGCAAUAUGUUUAUUAUACUAUAUUUGCUCGUAUUUUGGGGGCCUUAAUGAUGUGGCAAUAAUAACACCUAUUGGUUAUAUGGUGUUUUACUUUAUGUUUUUGGUUUUAUCUUUAGUACUCUGCUGGAAGUGUUUCUUUUCCAUCUUUAAAUCCACCUUCAGUAUUCUCGGCCCAACAUCUUGUAUUAUUACAUUUGGCGUGUCACACCAGUUAUCAGUCUUUAGUUUACUACCAUCAUAUAUGGGUUCUAGCACACUCAUUAACAUAAGGGAGUGGCAACCUGUGAUCCCUGUGGCACUAUAUCUUUAAUUUGAAGCUGGGCUAUUUCAUAUCUACCCUAUUACUAUUGGAGGUAUAUAUAUCAUUAUUAUACAUUUUUGAUAUUUUAUACUUUAUACACUUGAUAGUUUUGGUAAAAUAUGGAACUCUGACAGGUGGUUUUGUCAUCUUAUUUUUACAGUACUUACCUUGGACAAGGGACAUAUUCUCCAUCUUCUCAUAAUACAAUUAAGGAUCCACAUUUUUUCCAUUGUGGCCAGUGUGGGAUGAUUUAUCUACUUCUCAUACAUCUAUAUAUCAUUUCUCAGUAUCAAUGUGCGGCUAUUAUAUUUUUGUAUCACGUUUGCUUCACUUGUUUGUUUAUCACUUUGAUUAUUAUUUGUGAUAUGUUGACUGCUCCCCUGAGCCCUGAUGAACCCCUAACUAUAAGUGAGGGUGAAACGCGUAGGUCAUUAGGAGUAAGAAUAUACACACAUUAAGUCAUUGGCUUGUUCAUUUUUCAUGUUUAUGUGACUUAUAUUAUCCCUACUCCCUGUCCACACUUAUUGUAGUGAGGGCAAGGGGUUAGACUAGGUAGGGUCGGCUAGGUCAGGUUUUUCACCUGUACCCCAAACCCCCUCCCUUGGUCUGUUGCUCAUUAUUCAGUGCUAUAUCUGAUACCUUCCUGAGCACUGUAUUGUGAGGCAUGGUGUUUUCUAUUAUCUUUAUUAAUAAAAUUAUGCAUUUUUUAGCUUGAUGCUUUCUUUGUGGCCUCAUUGGUAGAUUUCAGUAGUGUUAUUAUUUUGGUAAAUUGUCUCCAAGGGCAUAUACAUCAUUGGCUGAAGGACCAUACAUUUCCUUUUUUCUGAUUUUUGUGUUUCUCAAUUAGAUGGAGGACUCUUGAUCCUCAUCAUAGCUGACGAGUAUCUUUUAUCUUGAUAUCGUGGUUUAAUUCCCUUAGUGUAUCUAAGAAUGGCAAAUAGUUUAUUAGCAGGUGGAUUUGACACUUCUUUAUGGCUGGAAGAGGCGAAAGAGGUUUUUUCAGAAAAAGAACUGUCACAUUCUAGUCAUUUGACCCCCACACUCAAUUCAGUCUUUAAGGAAUUGAAUUAUAGAUAUAAAAACCAAAUUAAAUCUUGGUGGGAGGUACAAUCUUUAGACAAUUACAUCUCAAAUCGGAUUGUUCCCAAGGGCCUAAGGAUAGCCAUAUCACCAGCCCUCCGUUCUAGGACCCCGACUCUGAUGAGUAAGUGGGAGAAGGAGGCCACAGAGAGUUCGCUUCGAUUUAUGAAUCUUUUGUUGGAAGAGGAAAGGAAUACCCUGGACAGUACUACUAAGAAAUUACAGGAAAGUAUUGACAUUGCCCUUAAGCUAAAACAAGAUCCGGAGUUUGCAAAAAAGGAUACUGAAUUAAAGAACAACAUUGAAAAAUUUAAACAUUCUCUUAAAGACAGAAAGCAUAAACAAUUCAUCAGGGAUCUGAAUGACUUUAGGGACAAUAAGGCCUAUAACUUCCUAAAUCAACAACCAUAUCAAGGCACAGAAACGGAGAUAUCAUCCUCUGAAACUGACGCCUCAGACUCGGAAAGACCUAAUUAUCAAUCAUGGAACCGGUCCCCAUACUCCACUCGGUAUCGGGGUGCCUAUCGGGGCAACAACAGAGGUUGGGGCAAGAAAUCAAGACCGCGGGGCUCAUCCACAAAACGUGGAAACUCUGGAGAAACCCAGGGCUCUGGUUCACAAUCCUUUUCUGUACCGUCUGUACCAUCUGGCCCAACAUCCUCUUCUACAACUUCCGGUUUUUUAGUGAAGGACACACAAGUGCCCCCUCGAAUGUGACAGUUGAGGACAACCAGAUAAUUAAUUUAUCUUCACAUCUGUUAUCUGAGGCCGAGAUCUCAUUGUUAAAACAUGGCCUCUCGUUUGUCCCUGUGAAUAAACCUGAUAUAUUUGGGUGGAUCAAGGAUCUCCACCUUUUUGGUAGAAGGCUAAAGUGGAAAAAAUUCUUUUUUCACCAUGAUAAAAAAUCAU